UUUACUUUAAAAGAACUAGUGUGAAACUGACUUAUUAUUUGAAAAUUUAUCUAAAUUAUUCCAAUUAUAAACUACGCACGUUUCUAACUGUCAAACGUCAUUCCUCGAGCAUUCUUCUAUUUUCUUGUUUCAAAAUGGAAGCCGAUGAUAUUGAUGAAUUGUUUAUUAGAUUGUGCGAGUUGUACAAUUUGUACAAAAAAUACAAAAAUAAUAAAAAGCAAAGACGAUAUGGAAUUCGUCCCAUUAAUAAAAACUGGGCCACCGCUGGUUACCAACUCCGAACGUUCCAACUCAUGAGAACAAAAGAACCAGAGCAAUGGUUUUUGCAAACAAGGAUGCCACCGCACAUAUUUGAUAUGCUUUUAAAAUUGGUAAGCAAAUCCUUGUGGAAACCAAAGCAACGGAUUGGUCCCGAGGAAAGGCUCUCCUUGGCGUUACUAUAUUUGUCACAAGGAUUAUCGAUGCAGAGCAUUUCAGGGAGCUACAAAUUGGGAAAAGAAACUGUACGCAAAAUAGUAUUUGAGACGUGCGAGGUAAUCUGGCGGCUAUUAUCCCCGGUAUAUGUCAGCGAGCCAACAGAGUCUCAAUACCAAGACAUCGCUAAGGAUUUCUAUAAUAUAUGGAACAUUCCAAAUUGUGUCGGCGCAAUUGAUGGCAAACAUGUUGCUAUCAAGUGCCCGGCCAAUUCGAAUGCAAUGUUCUAUAAUUAUAAGAAAUUCUAUAGCAUUGUUUUGAUGGCGGCAUGUGAUGCAAAAUACACUUUUACAGCGGUCAGUAUUGGAAGCUUUGGCAGUCAAAGUGACGGAGGCAUUUUUCAACUUUCCCCAUUUGGACAAGCAUUAAUGCAGAAUACUUUGCCCUUGCCACCUCCGCAGCCAUUGUCUAGCGUGUCGACUGAAUCUUUCCCCCAUUUUUUCAUUGGUGAUGCUGCAUUCCCUUUGCGAACCAAUUUGAUGCGCCCUUAUCCCGGAUCGAACUUAACGAGAACGAAGCGAAUCUUCAAUUAUCGACUUUCACAUGCCCGAAGAGUCAUAGAAAAUAGUUUCGGGAUAUUGACUGCUCGAUGGAGAGUACUGCGUACAACGAUCGAAUGUUGUCCGGAAAGUUGCGAAAAAAUUGUAUUGGCAUGUAUAGCUUUACACAACUUUAUAAUGUUAAAUGAUCAGAAUCGUUGGUACUGUCCGGAGAAUUAUGUUGACCAAGUAAAAGCAGGCAACGUUGUUCAUCUUGGAGAAUGGCGCUGCGAAAUAGAAAAUGACCGCUCCUUACUAGCCAUGCGGUCUGCAGUACGUAGAGGACCUGCUACUGCAUUUAACUUGCGAGAUAAGCUUGCCAACUAUUUCAUAAAUGAAGGGUAUUUACCAUUCCAAGACAAUAUUGAUCAUAACCUAGGUGAACCAUAACUUACUUCACAAAUACUGUGACUCACAGCGUGCAUAUUUCGCUUUGUUAAUUUUCACAAAGUUUUUCAUGUUCAGUAUAUUAUAAAUUAUUUAUUU